AAGUUGACGCAUUUUUGCAAAACAAAACGUUUGCUUAUCAGCCCAAUUUGUUAGUUUUCUUACAAAUAAGUGGAAAAUCUUAGGGAAAUUUAGUUUGAAAAGAAAGGAAUUUCUGGUGGAAAAAGGGUCAAGAAGAGCUUUAAUUUGCAAUCAUGGAUCAAGAUUUGUACGAUGAGUUUGGGAAUUACAUUGGGCCAGACUUGGAGAGUGAUGAAGACGACGAUCAGAGCUUGUAUGGGCAGCAGGAUCAGCAAGAUGACAUGGAUGAUGAUGCAAUUGAGGAGGAUGAAGCGGAGGUGGAUGAUGAAAAACGCUCCCGGGCGAUAGUUCUGCACGAAGAUAAGAGAUACUACCCAACGGCUUUGGAAGUUUAUGGGCAGGAUGUGGAGACAAUAGUGCAGGAAGAGGAUGCCCAACCGCUGGAUAAGCCACUCAUUGAGCCCGUGAAGAAGAUGAAGUUUCAGCUGAAAGAGCAGGAACUUCCGGAGACAACGUAUGAGAUGGAAUUCUUGGCUGAUUUAAUGGACACCCCACCGUUGAUUAGGAAUGUCGCCCUCGUGGGGCAUCUUCAUCAUGGGAAAACAACCUUCGUUGAUUGCCUCGUGCGUCAAACUCAUCCACAAUUCCAAGGGAUGGAGGAGAGAAAUCUCCGCUACACAGAUACUCUCUUUACGGAGCAAGAGCGUGGCGUAAGCAUUAAAGCUACUCCAAUCACCCUCGUCCUGCCGGAUGUGCGUCAAAAGAGCUACUUGAUGAACAUCUUUGACACUCCUGGGCAUGUAAAUUACUCGGAUGAAGUAACAGCAGCGCUGAGAAUCUGCGAUGGGAUUGUGCUGUUUGUGGAUGCAGCCGAGGGAGUGAUGCUGAACACCGAGAGACUCCUGAAGCAUGCAAUUCAGGAGAAGAUGGACAUCACCAUCUGCAUCAACAAGAUUGAUCGCCUAAUGCUUGAACUUAAGCUGCCCCCGCAGGAUGCUUACUUCAAACUGAAGCACAUUGUGGAGGAGAUUAAUGCCCUGAUGAGCAUUUAUAGCGGUGGGAGUGGCAAUACGCCGGUUAUCUCACCAAUCUUGGGGAAUGUUUGCUUCGCCAGCUCUCUCUAUGGCUUCUGCUUUAGUCUGAAGUCCUUUGCCAAGAUGUACGCUGACACGUAUCCAGGAGUGAAUGUUGUGGAGUUUUCACGACGUCUCUGGGGCGACAUGUACUUCCAUUCGAAAUCCCGGCGUUUCACAAAGAAAUCUCCCCACAAUUCGGCUCAAAGGAGCUUCGUUGAGUUCAUCCUUGAGCCGCUUUACAAGCUCUUUGCGCAGGUUGUUGGGGAUGUGGAUACCACACUGGUUGACACGUUGACUGAGCUGAAUAUUAAACUGACAAAGGAGGAGUCAAAGAGCAACAUACGGCCGUUGUUGAGGUUGAUUAUGAAUCGUUUUUGUGGGGAUUUCUGUGGAUUUGUGGACAUGUGUGUGGAACACAUUAAAUCUCCGCUCGAUAAUAGCAAGAAUAAGGUGGAUCACAUCUACACAGGGCCCAAGGAUGGGCCAUUGUAUGAGGAUAUGCUGAAAUGCAAUCAAAAUGGGGCUCUUAUGGUGCACAGCUCCAAAAUGUAUCCCACGGAGGAUUGUACGUUCUUCCAGGUACUUGCACGUGUUGUCAGUGGUACCCUCCAUGCGGGGCAGGAAGUACGUGUGUUGGGGGAGAAUUACUCACUGCAGGAUGAGGAGGAUUCGCGUGUGCUGCAAGUGGGACGUUUGUGGAUCUAUGAGGCUCGCUACAAAGUUGAAUUGAAUCGUGUCCCAGCGGGGAAUUGGGUUCUAAUCGAGGGCAUUGAUCAGUGCAUUGUGAAGACGUCGACUAUAACGGAUGUUGAUCACUCGGAAGACAUGUACAUCUUCCGGCCACUGAAGUUCAACACACAGAGCAUCAUAAAGAUUGCCGUUGAGCCGGUGAAUCCGUCGGAAUUGCCCAAAAUGCUCGAUGGCUUGCGGAAGGUUAAUAAAUCCUACCCAUUGCUCAGUACGAGGGUUGAGGAGUCUGGUGAGCAUGUUAUCCUGGGCACGGGGGAACUGUAUCUGGAUUGCGUGAUGCAUGAUUUGAGGAAAAUGUACUCGGAGAUUGAUAUAAAAGUCGCCGAUCCCGUUGUGGCGUUCUGUGAGACAGUCGUUGAGACGAGCUCGCUGAAAUGCUUCGCAGAGACGCCGAAUAAGAAGAAUAAGGUGACAAUGAUUGCUGAGCCACUGGAGAAGGGUCUUGCGGAGGAUAUUGAGAAUGAUGUUGUGUCCAUUUCGUGGAAUAAGAAGCGCCUCGGGGAAUUCUUUCAGGUUAACUACGAUUGGGAUUUACUGGCGGCCCGAUCAAUUUGGGCCUUUGGCCCUGAUGUUACGGGUCCCAAUAUCCUUGUGGAUGAUACGCUGCCGUCGGAGGUGGAUAAAACACUGCUGGGAACGGUGAAGGAUUCCAUUGUGCAGGGAUUCCAGUGGGGUACACGCGAGGGGCCGCUGUGUGAGGAGCCAAUAAGGAAUGUUAAAUUCAAAAUUUUAGAUGCAGUAAUUGCCAAUGAGCCCCUUCAUCGUGGCGGUGGUCAGGUCAUCCCAACAGCACGUCGUGUUGCCUAUUCAGCCUUCCUCAUGGCCACGCCGCGUCUCAUGGAGCCCUACCUCUUUGUGGAGGUUCAAGCACCAGCUGAUUGUGUCUCAGCCGUGUACACAGUCCUGGCCAGAAGACGUGGGCAUGUGACGCAGGAUGCACCAGUUCCCGGAUCACCUCUGUACACGAUCAAAGCCUUCAUCCCUGCAAUUGAUUCAUUUGGGUUUGAGACUGAUUUGCGGACGCACACACAAGGGCAGGCGUUCUGCCUAUCUGUCUUUCAUCACUGGCAAAUUGUUCCUGGAGAUCCACUCGAUAAGAGUAUUGUAAUCCGCCCCCUGGAGCCACAACCAGCCACUCACCUUGCCAGGGAAUUCAUGAUAAAGACACGACGGAGGAAGGGCCUAUCUGAGGAUGUUUCCAUUAAUAAAUUCUUCGAUGAUCCCAUGUUGUUGGAGCUGGCACGUCAGGAUGUCCUCCUGAACUACCCACUGUAAACAGGUAAAGAAAAAACUUUCCGGAACAUUUUUUUUUUCAAUAUGAUUUAUUAUUUCAUUUAGCUUCAUUCCCACAGCACAAUACUUCUUCGUCUUUGGAUCAUUCGCUGCUGAUGAUGGUACUGCUGGACUUUCUGGAAGUGCACAAGGAGGGCAUCAAAAUCAAUUGAACUCUGCUUCUCAAUGGAUUGCGUUCCCUCAGCCUGUGUGGCGUGCCCCCAGUACAUUGGGACGCACUGUAGGCGAUUCUUCAGCAGAUGAAAGGCAUCCGUUUGGGGGAGAAGCAUCAAAAUCCCAAAGAGAGCUUGUGCCAAGUAUUGAGCAUCCUGGGAUUUCUUAUCUUGCGAUAUCAGCGUAAGGCGUAAUGCUAAAGACGAGGAAUUUUAUUCUGUUUAGAUUUAAUACAUAAAAUGAGAAAAGAAGGGAUGACUUACAUGCAAAAA